CGCCGACCUCAUGGCGAUGAAGACGACGAUCUGGCGGCCGAACGUGAGAGUGACACUCAACGAGUAUGGCGAAGUCGAGGACACGGAGCGAGGUGGAGAGGAGGUGACGAAGCAGGGGACGAAGCGGAAGAGAGCCCCUCCCACGAAGGGGCCGUGCGAGCACGGGGUGAAGCAGAGAUCGCGGUGCAAGGUGUGCGGUGCUUGUCCGCACGGGAAGCGGCGCUCUGAUUGCAAGGAGUGCGGCGGGGCAUCAAUCUGCGAGCACGGUCGUCAGCACUCUCAGUGCAAGGAGUGCGGCGGGGCAUCAAUCUGCGAGCACGGUCGUCAGCGCUCUCACUGCAAGGAGUGCGGUGGGGGCUCAAUUUGCGAGCACGGUCGUCAGCGCUAUCGGUGCAAGGAGUGCGGUGGGGGGUCAAUCUGCGAGCACGGUCGUGAGCGCUCUCAGUGCAAGGAGUGCGAUGGGUCUGGGAUCUGCGAGCACGGCCGUCGGCGCUCUAUGUGCAAGGAGUGUGGUGGGGGCGCAAUCUGCGAGCACGGUCGUCAGCGCCCUUAUUGCAAGGAGUGCGGUGGGUCUCAAAUCUGCGAGCACGGUCGUCGGCGCUCUCGGUGCAAGGAGUGCGGUGGGGGGUCAAUCUGCGAGCACGGUCGUCAGCGCUCUCAGUGCAAGGAGUGCGGUGGUGCAUCAAUCUGCGAGCACGGUCGUCAGCGCUCUUAUUGCAAGGAGUGCGGUGGGUCUGGAAUCUGCGAGCACGGUCGUAUACGCUCUACAUGCAAGGAGUGCGGUGGGGGGUCAAUCUGCGAGCACGGUCGUCGGCGCUCUCAGUGCAAGGACUGUCGAGGCGAACGUCUGUAAUCAAACACGCUUCCACG